AUGUCCUAACAGAAAAAUCAAAAGAAUGUUGUUGUGUACAAUUAUGAACCUCAUCCCAAGACCAUGAGUGAAUAAGUUGCCAAUAUUCAAUAAUCUCAAAUACAACCUGAUGAAUCACCCUUCAAUGUUUCUAAAAUAUUGAAAGCUAAACAAUAGCAAAGCAACAUCUUUCAUCUCCCUUAGUAGGAUCUUGUAGAUUACAGUAAAGUCACUCCAAAUUAACAUGCAGAAAAAAUAUUGCCAUAUGACAUGUUCUGGUGGAAUAGUUAAAAUUUAAAAGAAAAUAAGAAAACUGAGGUCAGUGCUCCUAUUAUUCCUAAUGUUCACAUGAUUUAGAGCAGACCUUAGACUGCUGGUUAAUAAAGAAUAAAUACAGAGUAGAGUUCCAAUAAUCAACAAUUAACUGAAUAAUAAUUCCUUCAAUUUUAAUAGUAGCAAUACUAAAUAUUUUUACAAUAAUAGCAACAACUCAAGUUUUAAUAAUAGUUAUAGCAAAUUGAUUAAUAGAAAUAAUAAUUGAAUCUUCAAUAAGAAAACCCAUAUGAAGUAAUUAAAGAACAUAACUAAAUGAUUGAGACUGCUUCAUUUUCUGGACAUGAUAAUCAUAACUAAGGACCAUUUACAUAAUAAUAAUAAUAAUAAAAUAAAUAGUAACAAACAAACUAAUAAUAAUAAUUAUCUAAUUAGUUAUAGAAUCCUGCUAAAGUGUAUGAUAAAGUCAAUAAUCCAAAUGCUGAAUUGAAAUAAAAAAAUCCUAACUUCUCAGAUGUUUUCGGAAAUGGCCUUGAGAAAUAUUAUCAAUAGAAGCCUUAGCAAAAUAGUGGCAGAAAAUAAUAAGUAGAAUAUUUGUAAGAAAGUGAACUAUAUGGUGUAAAAUAUCAUUAACGAUAGAUGCUCAAAGGAAUGAGUUCUUAAAUGGACACACAUAAAUAUUAUGACCAAAUGUUAGAUAAAUAAACUCAAGAUUAAAAUAAAUAAAAACAACCAAAAAGUAAAUCUCACUCUCCUCAAGCUUCUCCUGGCAAAGAUCUUGAAUAGGAUGAAAAAUUGUUUCCUAAGCCAAUCUACACUGAGAUAAGCAUAAGAGGUAUGGGAAAAGAUGUCAAUUGGGAAAAAUUGAAGGGAUAAUUAAAUACAGUUCAAAUGUAAUUAGCAGAUAUUACAGUUGUAAAGGAUAAACAAGGAAAAAUUAAACAGCACAAAAUCAUAAUUAAAUAUUUUGAUCAAGGAAAUUUAUCAGGUGUUAAAUAAUGGGUUCUUACUCAGGGAGGUAGAAUAGUGGAGGAAAGAUAAUUGGAAUCGGAGGAAGAAUUCAAGAAAAUAAUCAAAUUAAAAGAAGGUCCUAAGCAAAGACCUAUGAGAAUUGCUGAAGAGAAGGAAAAACUGAAGCAAUAAAAAAAAAGACCAUAAAGUGCAGCACCAGUAUAAAAAUAAAAGAAAUGA